CUCCUGGUGAAUGUUCUGCUGGUGAGAUCUAUGUCAUCCUCAUCUGGCGCACUUGCACGGUGUGCACAGUUGCUGGGUUUCAGCACCUCCUGGGUCAGCCAGUUGCUGCACCGUUUCGCCGAACUGCGGCAUGGCGCCACCGACUCUACUCUGGCGGUUCUGUUGAUCACGCUAGUGCAGGCGGCUGCGUAUGCCAUGGUGGAUGGAGUGCUCUCGGUCCUUCGCAACCUGCCGUUGCUGGAUGCGAGUGGAGCAGCACUGGGCUACGAGGAACUGAACGAAGUGGCGGCGGCCAUGGUUGACCCGCGACAAUGCGCGCGCUGUGGCUUCGGCCCCAUCGAUCAUCAAGGCUGCGACAAUUUGCGAACCCAUCACGGUGAAGUGAUGGCUGGUGGUGUGAUCCAGAACCAAUGCUUGCGCUGUGGCUGGUUUGCCAACUCCCUGACCGACUGGCCCCCAUGGGACGGUGAAUUGCACACAGAACAAGGAAGAGCCAUGCAGCGUCAGCGCACCUGGUGUGAGGUGGUAGUGACCAUCAAAGCAUCCUCCAAAGCGUUGGUGGUCCCAUACUCGAUGCUACUCCUUGGCGAGUGGCUGCAGCUUUCACCUACCCUGGCUGGGAGCUUGGCAUUCUCCUACUUGAUACCUUGGACCAUCGAGAACUCAAGCCUUUUCGCUUCCCUCGCUUCCCCAGUCGUGCCCCCUCGGCGCCGGGCUCCCCGUCGGGGUCAGGCUCCCCGGGGUCAGCGCCCGGCUCAAAGGGCCGAUGACGCGGACUGUGGCGCGCAGAGAAGCGAUCCGGAACUUCCCGACAUCACGCAGUCAGUGGCGCUUCAGACCAUUUUAACAUCCCUGCCAGAUGCCAUAUAUUUGAAGCCUGGGGCUAUUUGCAGUGUUUGCUUGGAAACCUUCCCAGAUGAAGCGGCUGAAGUUGUUGGGAAGGAGGGUGCGGCAUCUGCGGCCGUUGCCUUACAGCGCUUGCGGCCACCCGUGGUGGCAUUGCGAUGUGGGCACCCCUUGCAUCUCGAGUGCGCGGAGGCUGCGGUGUCCGCCAGUCGCUCGCGCCAUCUCCGCUGCCCCUUGUGUCGGCAGCCAGUGACGCUGACGGGGGAGGCCACUGCCAAUGUCUUCAGCUGAUGCGGUCGCAAAUUUGUGGCAUCGCUGCUGUGUGUUGACUUGGCGCACUUGAAUUGGCAGUGCCCAAAUUUGUACAUAUAGAUCUGGGCGAAUGAUAUCACCUGAAACCACU